CUCGCCCCCACCUUGGGCGAGUCAUGGGCCCCGGCUUCGGCGGUCCGCCUUCUCCUGUGGAUGGACGGGAUCAAUCACCGACGGGCAACGCUCCUCAAACACCCGGGCCAGCCCCGGGCGGUGGCAAGCUUUCGGAGUAA